AUGUCACCGCCUAUUCAACCGACGGCAUCCCAUGCCGCCAACGACGUCUCCGACGCGGCUCUGGGAGGCCCAAUAGCCUUGAAAGAUGGUCUCUUCGUCGACGGCUACGGUCGGACCCUGGCGCUGCACGGCCUCAACAUAUCUGGGGCCAGCAAGCUGCCCACCACGCCAAACGGUCUGUCUCACCUCACCGAGGGUUUCUUCCAGCACCGGACCGUCACGUUCAUCGGCCGGCCGUUCCCCCUGGAGGACGCACCGCUGCAUUUCCGCAGGCUGCAGGCCUGGGGCCUGCCGCUGAUCCGGCUGCUUGUCACAUGGGAAUCUAUCGGCCACGCCGGCCCGGACCCUCGGACGGACCUGGACCUAGAGUACAUCGAGUACCUGCGCCAACUCGUCGAGAUGAUGCCCGCGUACGGCAUCAAGUGCUUCAUCUGUGCGCACCAGGACGUCUGGAGCAGAUUCAGCGGCGGCAGCGGUGCACCCGGAUGGACUUUUGAGGUGGCCGGCCUGGACGUUGAGGCCUUCACGGACACAGGGGCCGCAUAUGUCCACGGGCAAGAUGAGCUGCGCCGUGUGACUGCGCCGGUGAAUGAGAAGGAGCCGAGUGGCCCGUUCGUGUGGCCGUCAGGGUACCAGAAGCUGGCUGCCUCGACGAUGGCGACGCUCUUCUGGGCGGGAGAUGUGUUUGCGCCGAAGUUAGUAUGCAGCCGACAGACCAAAUCUGGCAAAGAUGAGACGGUUUCGGUGAAGGAUCUCUUGCAAGAUGCGUUGAUUGAAGCUUUUGGGCGGUUGGCGGAUGAAGUGGCUGACCUGGAAGCCUGCAUCGGCUUCGAACCGAUGAACGAGCCACAUCGUGGCUUGAUCAACCUGCAUGGCUUCGAUGGCUGGAACUACGACACAGAUCUUCACAUCGGCCAUUACCCAUCCCUGACGCAGGCUCUCGCAUUAGCUAGUGGCUACGCACAAGAGGUGGACUACUACGUCAAGUCAUGGCCAUUUCCCACACGGAUCUCUCAUCGGUCCGUCGUGGACCCGAAGGGCCGGUCAGCUUGGUUGACGUCGAAGGGGAAGAACCUAGGACUGGGCGAGUGCGUAUGGCGUGCUCACGGAGCAUGGGACUGGGACGCAUCCAGCAAGAAGCCAAAGGUACUCCAGAAGAACUAUUUCGAGGUCGAUCACCGUCCUGGACGCGAGGGGACGCCAAUUGAAUGGUACCGCGACUUCUACGCCCCUUUUCUAAAGCGCUUCUCAGACCGUGUCUCACGGAAAUCACCACGUCAAUUUUGUGUUAUCGAGCCAAUACCGAACGAAUUCAUGCCUCCUUGGGCAGACGGCGAUUCGGAAGAAGCCAAAAGUCCAAAGAAGCAGAACUACGCCACAAAGACAGUCAUCGACACAAAACGACCAGAUAACCUCGUCUUCGGGCCUCACUUCUACGAUCUCAACGUCUUAUUCAGCAAACACCACUCAUGGAUGAGCGUGAACGUGCAGGGCCUUUCCAGGGGCAUGUUCAUCCUCAAGGCGCUAUACUUCGGGGCGCGGGCACUGAGGAAGAACUACCGCGCGCAGCUCGGCAACAUCAUCAAGUACGGCAAAGCCUCUCUCGGCGACCACGUGCCUGCCCUCAUCGGCGAGGUCGGCAUCCCCUACGACAUCAACGGCGGCGAGGCCUUCGCCACGGGCAACUACGACAAGCAGCGCGAGCUGAUGCACGCCCUCAUCGCCGCGAUGGAGGACAACAUGGUCGGCUUCACGCUGUGGAACUACAACCCGGACAACCGCGUCGAGUACGGCGACGGCUGGAACAAGGAGGACUUCUCCGUCGUCAACGGCGACGACGAGGAGGUGCCCGGGCGCAUCAUGCAGGACUACGCGAACGCGCCGCACGCUAGAGACGAGCUGUACCGCGGCGGCCGCGUGCUCGACGUUGUGAUCCGGCCGUACGCUGUUAAGAUCGCCGGCCGGCCGCUGCGAUCGGACUGGGACCCGCGCACGCUGAAGUACGAGUUCGAGUGGACGAGCCAGGACCGCGUUGGUGAGGAGCAGGACGACAAGCUGCGCACGACGGAGGUGUUUAUACCGCGGUACCACUACGAGGGCGGGAUCAAGGCUAAGGUUAGCGACGGGGACUGGUCGUAUGACGCGGAGCUGCAGACGCUGUAUGUGCGCCACAAGGCCGAGGUCUACCGCCACCGUCUGGUCGUCGAGAUUCCCAACGUUGGGCGGCGGCUGCUGGAGAGGGUGGAGAGGCGUCGUCGAGCGGUCCCGCCGAGCUUCCCGCUCAGCUUGCUGUCAGCAAGCGGCGAGUUGGCGUUGGAGGAGCUGGAUCCGGGGCUGGUUUUGGUCAUGCUGCUGUUGCCGGCUAUUGCCAUUGCGUUGGCCGUCUUCGCUCAAAGACUGGGCUAG